AUGAAAUUGGAGAACGUUGAUGUUGCUAAAUUGCAACUUACUGAUUUACCAAAAUUUGACAAAUGUCCCUGUGAACUAUGUGAUGAUGGUUGUUUUGAUCGUGCAGGUUAUGAACAUCACCCUGAAUGCAAGCGAAAACUAGUACAACGAACAAAAUUACCAUUAUCACUUCGUUGUCCUCUUUCACAUUAUCAAGCAACAUUUCAAGCAGCAGCAAAUGUAUCCGGUGGAUCAACAGAUCAUCGUCGUCAACCAUGUCCUCCUGCUCCUGAUAAUGAAAUACCGAUAUCGUUUAAAAACGCACCAAUGACUGGUCUUAGUUCACAGAGGGAUCAUUAUCAACCUCCACCAUUAAGCAAUAUUAAAAAUCCUUCGACUAUGCAUAUGAAACCGGCAUUUCCAAUGGAAACUCAAAGUCAAUAUCAACUUGAAUAUGUUGAAAAACCUAUUAUGCCAAUUGCACUUCGUCCAUUAAAAGAUUCUCAUAUUAAUCUCAGUGAACCAACAGCACCAUUAUCAUCUCAAACAACAACUCGAUCACAUUUUAAACCAUGGCAUUCAGCACGAUCACAACCAUAUGCUGAAUUACCUCCUGUUGCAGGUCAUGUUCUUUUUCCUGGUUCAAGCCGUUCUUUUAGUACCUCAACAGGAAGUACAUUUCAACCAUUUCCAAAAACAUCAAAUGUAAAACCUAUUCCUCGACUUGAAAAUCGAGAAAAUCUUAAAGUUUCUGGUUCAAUGGAUUUACGUACAAUGUAUCGUGAAAGUUAUAUUCCACAUGAACCAUUAUCAGCACGAAGUGCACCAACUGAAAGAAAAGAUAAAUCAAAAGAAGAAAAAGUAUAUACACGUCGUCCAAUGUAUGCUAUAACACAAACAAGUGUAGAUUAUCGUCCUUAUCCAAAUCAUCGACCAUCACCACCAGCUGAUAUGGAACCAUUUGUAUCUCAAAUUAAUUUAGGCAAUUCAUUGACACCAGCUGUAACUAAAAGUCAAUAUCGUACUGAUUAUGCAGGUAUUGAUACAAGUAGAUAUCCUCGUGAACCAGCUGCACUACCAAAAGAUAAAAAACCUUAUGUUGCACCGAUACAAAAGAUGGAUACAAUGUCAGUAACACAAAGAGAUUUUCAACCAUUAGAUAUAACUGCUUUACCACGUAUUCGUUUAAUACCAAUGAGGACAACAUUAUCAGUUAAUGACAAACAAGUUCCUAUGGAAAGUGUAACAACGUCUCGAUAUCAUUUUCAACCAUAUGACUCUAUAAAAUCCAAUCGAAAAUAUGGUGAACCAUUGCCUAGUAUUUAUAUACCACCAACAAGUAAAUUUGAAGGUUUAACAACAACCAGUGAAACAUAUAAAGGCCAACCAGGCCAACGAGCACGUGCUUAUAUGCCUGAAAUUAAAAUGAUUAAUCAAAUGGGAGAACAUGAUCAUAGAACAAAUUAUCGAGUUGAUUAUCAUCCACAUGGUUUAACAUUAUGUGCUGCUAAAGCUUAUGCAAUGGCUCAACAUAAACAAAAACCUACAACGCCAAUUUCUGCUCAAUAA